ACAAAGGUUGUAUGUUGUACUCUUGUGAGGGCGCUUGAUUUAUGCUGCUUUUCCGAUAAUGGCACUUUCUGUAGUAAAGGGAAAGUUAGAAAGAGUGCUUGAUAAAAAUCCACAAGAUCUUGUUCGUGGAAUCAGGAAGCACGGUGUGGAUGAGGCCAAAUAUAUAGGUCAAUGUCUAGAUGAAAUUAAAAAUGAGUUGAAAGACAGUUCAUUUUCAGUCAAAGCCAAUGCUAUUAGCAAAUUAUUAUACAUUCAAAUGCUUGGUUAUGAUACCAGUUGGGCUGUGUUCAAUAUCGUUGAGGUUAUGAGUUCUCAGAAAUUCACCUUCAAACGUAUAGGGUAUUUAGCAGCUUCUCAGAGCUUUCAUUCUGGUACAGAUGUCCUCAUGCUUGCCACUAAUCUUAUUCGCAAGGAUUUAAUGAGCUGUAACUUGUAUGAUGCUGGAAUCGCCUUAUCGGGUGUUGCAUGUUUCAUUAAUCCAGAUCUUGCCACGGAUUUGUACUCUGACAUUCUAAGUCUGAUGAAUUCUCCAAAACCAUAUUUACGAAAGAAAGCCGUAUUAUUAUUAUACAAAGUUUUCCUUAAUUAUCCUGAAGCACUUCGUAUUUGUUUCCCACAGUUGAAAGAUAAGCUGGACGAUCCAGACCCAGGUGUACAAUCAGCGGCUGUUAAUGUAAUAUGUGAAUUGGCACGUAAAAAUCCAAAGAAUUACCUGUCACUUUCACCCAUAUUUUUUAAACUUAUGACUACAUCAUCAAAUAAUUGGGUUCUUAUCAAAAUCAUUAAAUUGUUUGGCACAUUGACACCUUUGGAACCAAGACUAGGCAAAAAGCUAAUCGGACCUUUGACCAAUUUAAUUCAUAGUACUUCAGCAAUGUCAUUGCUAUAUGAAUGUAUAAAUACAGUUGUUGCAGUAUUAAUAUCAAUAUCUUCUGGAAUUCCUAGUCAUCAAGCUUCUAUACAGUUAUGCGUUCAAAAAUUACGCAUCCUAAUUGAAGAUUCAGAUCAAAAUUUAAAAUAUCUUGGACUAUUAGCAAUGCGUAAAAUUCUGUUAUAUCAUCCACAAAGUGUACAACCUCAUAAAGAUUUAAUAUUAGGUUGUCUGGAUGAUAAAGAUGAAUCGAUUCGAUUACGUGCAUUGGAUUUACUACAUGGUAUGGUAUCAAAAACUAAUCUAAUGGAUAUUGUUAAACAUUUGAUGAUACAUAUUGGCAAUUCGUCAUCUGGUUUACAUUAUCGUAAUGAAUUAUUAAGUAAAGUUGUGUAUAUAUGUUCACAAGAUAAUUAUCGUAAUGUUACAUCAUUUGAAUGGUAUGUUACUGUUCUUGUGGAAUUAGCUAGCAUUGAUGGUAUUCGAAAUGGUGAAUUAUUAGCUGCUCAACUUAUGGAUGUUUCCAUACGCGUACCGACUGUUCGAACUUUCUGUGUUGAACAAAUGGCUAUAUUACUGGAUAUUAGUCAGUCGUUAACAAGCGGAGGUAAACAAAAUGCUAUUCAAGAAACACUUCGUGCAGCAGCAUGGAUAUGUGGCGAAUAUGCGGAUAGUCUAAACAAUCCAGAACAAACAUUGAAUUCACUUGUUUCAAUUGCCCUUGAACUACCCGGUCUAUCUAGUUCAAUUCAAGCCGUUCUUAUAUUCAAUGCUUUUAAAAUAUACAGUGUUGUCAUUAAAAGUAUGAUUUGUAAAGCUAUUCAAAGCUUACCUUCGACGUUUACAAAUAAAAAGUAUCAAGAAAACGGUGAACAUUUAAUUGAUACGAGUGACAACGAACAUCAUAAUAAUACUGAAACUGUAGAUGAUCAAGUUACAAGUUUAAAGACUCUACAAAAUUUAAUUAUUCAUCUGAUAGAGUUGACAAAUUUUCUUAUGGAUAAAUUUAUCCAGUAUGUUCAUUCAUCUGAUUUAGAAGUUCAAGAACGUGCUGUAUCGAUUCAUCAAGUAUUGAGUUUAGUGUCGAAGCGUUUUACAAAAAUCCAAUCCUUUUUAUCCAGUUCAUCAACUUUACAACAAAAUAAUAAUCCGUCAACAUUAAUUUUGGACAGUGAUUUUUCUUCACCUUCACUAUCCAAUCAUCAAUCAUUGGAUAAUUUACCUGAUCAGUUUCAUAAUUCUCAACUCACCAGUUCUUCUAUUAAUAUUACUAAUGUCAAUAACAAUACAGGUGACAACAGGGUCGACACACAACUUCAUUCACGAAGUAAUUCAAUUCAAAUGGAUACUAUGCCUUCACUUACCUCCAUAGUAUCACCAACUGUGAUUCUCAAUUUAAUUCAAUCAAUUAUAAAUGAACUAAGUGCUUUGUUCACCGGUGAAAUCAUCCCUGUAGCACCAAAAGCUCAGAAAAAAGUCCCUAUUCCCGAAGGGUUAGAUUUAGACGCUUGGAUUAAUCCACCAGUACCAGUUCGUAAACAACCGUGGACGAAUGCAUUAGAUUUUAUUGGGAAAUCUAUAAAUGACACUGAUGAUCAUCAUUCUAUUCAUUGGAACAAUGAAUUGGUCAAUAAUGAAUGUGAUAUAUUCUUCGGUUUACAAGAUAGUAAAUCUCAAACUGUUCAACUAACAGCUGAACAGUUGGAUGAGAUGCGUUCAAAACGGUUGCAAAAUCAACAAAACAAUCCUAAUUACUUAAAACCGGUAAAUCCUAAAAAGAAUAAUUUAGAGAACUCGUUAAAUGAACAACAAAAUGAUGUUAACUUAAUCAAAAAUGGUGUUGAACAGUUAAGCCUAAAUGUAACUGAUUCUAACAAACAAUAUUGUCAAACACAAAUCAGUGCGCGUAAAUUGGCUACAUCCGAUCAGUUCGCUGCUGAAAUGCGUAAAAAGUUUCAAACUGCUGCGUCUGAUGUAGAACGAAAAUUAAGAUCAACAACGAAGAGCAAUCAUUUGAAAAACAUCCAUAAGAAAAAACAUCCGAUCAUAUCACCAUCUUCAUCGUCAUUAUCUUCAUUAACAAUUAAUAAUAAUUCUAAAUCGACUAAUCAGGUUGAAAAUACUCAGGAAGAAAAUAAAAUAGAUUAUAUUAUAAAAGACAAAUUUACUUCACACGUUGUUCGUUGUGAUUACGAUAUGCCCGAGGGAGUGUCCAUAGAUAAUGAAUCGCCAAGUGAUACUGAAAACGCUAAUGAUCCACAUCAUCGACUAAAUAUUGUAUUGGAUAAUAUUAUUACACAAGAUAACAAUAAAUUGCCACAUUCUAUUCCAUCUCAACAUAGUAAACAUUCGACAGUUCACAAGACUUCACCAAAGAAGUCUUCAAAAUUAUCGUCUAAACACCAUAAAAUGAAUAAAGAAAAGGUGAAUAAUAAUCAUCAAGUAGUCAAUGAAUCAAUAUCUUCCGAAAAUAUUAAUUAUGAGGAUUUAUUGAACAACAAUGAUAAUAAUACAACUUAUCAUCGAUCAGGCUAUGAAGCAUUCGACUCAGAUAUAAAACAAACUAAAGUAUUAUCAUCACAAAAAGUCCGUUUGAAAUCAUCAUUAAAUUCUCAUCAUCAUCAUCAUCAUAGUGAUAAUGAUAAUAAUAGUAAAAACAAACAAUCCCCUAAUAAUUCACCAAUACCAUCCGUUCCAUAUUGUAAUAAAUCCAUUAUUAGUAGUAACAAUGAUAAUAUAUCUAUACCUGAAACUAAGUUCUGUAUAUCAUCAUCAGUAAUAAAUACUGACAUAUUCACUUCCCUUUUGUCAACCGGUGAAUUGAAUUCAUUCCAAUCAACAAAAAUUUGUUGUCCUAGUUUAUUGUCAAUUAUUCGUCAAUCAGAAAAGUCUAAUUCUCUAAUAAUGCAUACAAAUGAAAUUUUUGCACAAAUAAUAUCUUUACUUGAAAAGAAGAUACCAUGUUUAGUGAUUGAGUCUUUGGAUAAUCGUGCCGCUUCACUCUACACAGAAUACAUUCCACUCAGAGAACCGUUAUGCAUCUUAAUGAAAAUAUCCUUUACUACUGGAACAAUACGAAUCGAUAUUCGAUCUACCAAGGAGGAUGCGAUACAUUCAUGUAUUGCACAAUUAACAAAUCUAGUCAAACAGAUCAAAUUCGACCUAUGACAUAAUGUAUCUAUAUCACUAUAUAUGUAAUAGUGUAUCAUUCGUUUCUUCUUCUUUCUCUUCUAUUGGUUUUUCUUAAACUUAUCCUACAAUCUGUUUUUCGAUUGUUAAUAAUCCUCUGUUGUGAUUUGAGUUUUUUUUUAAUUUCACGUCUACUCUGUGUUGAUGUUGUUUGUCUGAUUUUGUUAUACAAUAUUACUUGUGACGAUGAUAACUUAUUACACGAACAUAUAUGUAUCGUUAUUCCUAUUUUGAUUGUCCUUUUAUAUACAUAUAUAUUUAUGAUUUGCCUAUCAACGAUUCCUAGCUAACUGUGAUCUAAUGCGUUUACCAUGUAUUUUUGAUUGUAUUCAUGUAGUUUUGUUGUUUCGAUUAUCCUAUAUAUACAUACGUAUGGUGUCUUUCAGAUAUUAAAAUGUGUAUAUUUUAUUGCGUCUUUGAUAUUUUAACCAAUAUAAGGGUGAAUUUUUUUUGUUCACACGUAUAUUAUUAUUAAUAUUGUCGCUAUUCAUGAUUUCCAUUGGUUUGUCUUGUUUUCUCUUUAGGUAAUUUUUUAGUCUUCUUUGAUUGAUACUCAUCAAUAUGAAAGUUGCGGUACUCUCUUUUCUAUCUCUCCCCUUUUCGUUGUCUGUAUUCUUUUAUUUCACCGUUUCGCAUACAAAUUUCCUUUUCAUUUCUUUUAUUUAUUCCUAUUGAUGAUUUGUCUAGUGUUUAUUUUCUAUGUGUUUACAGUUCUCUUCGGGUAACUAGUGUGUGUGUGUGUGUAUGUAUGUAUGUAUGUAUAGAUUAACACUUUAUCUUAAUACGUUACAGUUAUCUGGAUGAAAUAAUUCAACUGUGUGUAGAAUGUUUAAUUUUUUUUAGAAAGAAUUAGAAACUAUUAAGCAUCUGAUUACUCCAUGUAAUAUUAAUAAGAGUUCUUUUUUAUUGAUGCAAUAUUAUAAACUAUUCAUCAUUUUUGUGCCUAAAUUUAACAUAAUAAUUGAAAGAGAACAAAUCAACAAUCUUGAAUAAAAUCUAUUGCGAUAAAUUAUGUAAGAAUUUCGAAACAUGAGUAUAUGCGAUAUGAUAAGUUAUACACUCAACUUAUGAUAUAUCUGUAACCUUGCCACUAAGUGCCGUAUAGCACAAAACCUCAACGUCCAUGGUAUUCUGCCGACUACCACCAAUCACCUGACAAUUAUUUUUAUAGUUGAGAUCAUGAAUCAGUUAAUCUCAACUAUUAAAUUACUAUAAUAUUCACAAAAACCCUUUCUGAAUUAUUUUUAUGCAUCAAAAUAUGCACCAAUCAAUUAUUUUACACCUUAAUACUUAUUUAACAUAAUAGUUUAUGAAUUGUUUC